CAGUUUUCAUUUUUAGGUUAUGAAAAUCAAAAAAAAAAAUAAUAUUAAAAAACUACCCUAUAAACAUGAAUAGAAAUGAUUUGAUGCGUCUAGAUGUUAAUAAACUAUUUGAGGAACGUAACAUCGAUGAAAUAAUUGAAAUAGAAAAAUUAUUAGAUGCAGAAAUCGAAAGGAAACGCAACGAUUUGCGCUCUAUGGUUGGGGAUCGUUACAAAGACAUACUGGCAGCCUCCGAUGCAAUAAAAUCAAUGAAAGAAAUAUCACAAAAUAUAGUCUCGAGCAUAGACAAAAUCACCAGGACCUGUGAAGAUCUUGUUCAAGUUCAAAACCGGGACCCUGCAGUAGUAAAUAAAGAAAAAGCUAAUGGAAAGAGUGACCAUGAAGAAAGGACACUAAUUAUACAAGUGAGACUGGCCAUAUUUUUAAAUGAACAAAUUUGGCUAGCAUUAGAUAAUGGACUAAAUCUUGAUGCUACCCAGUAUUACCUUUUAGCUCAACAUAUUCACUUGGGUUUCAAUUUAACCCAGAAUGAUCAUCUAACAAGAGUACCAUUACUAAAGCAUUUAAAAGCGAGUUUAUCAACACUUAGAGAAAAUAUAUGUGAACAUGUUACUGGUCAAUUAGAGUCAGUUGAGUUAACUUCAGAGGAAGCUAGUAAAAACCUAAAUGCCUUAAUGCUGCUAGAAAAUAAAACAAUUGACCACUUAUUAAGCAUAUUUAUAGACCAUAGAAAAACAGCAUUACAAAGUGUAAUUAACACCCAGUAUGAUAAUGUAAGGCUGCAAAUUUGUGCGAUGGUGAAAUGUCUUGUGACCACUGUACUAUUACUACAUGACUGUUUUAUAUAUAAUGAAAGUAAAAAUGGCCUAAUUUGGAAGGAGCUUGACUCUAUAGUAGGAAAUGAUGCUCCGGCAACCCUCACAAAAUUAAAACUGCCGAUUACACCCUUAGUUAGUUAUAUUCCUGAUAUAAUAAGAACUUUUAAGCCAAAGUUAGAUCCAAUAUUCACCCAAAAUAAAAAUGAAAAAUUAGACAAAGUAGUGGUUGACAGUUGGUUGGAAUUUACUCAGAAAAGUAUUGAUUCUGGUUUAGGAAAAAGUUUGCAACAUGUAACUACUGUUAAAGGGUUAUAUUUAAUCAGGGAAGAAUCACUAAAAAUUGAGUUGCCUGACUCCUGGCCCACAAUCUGCAGUGAUCUACUUUUACCAGACAAUUUUGACAUCUGGUAUCACUUUUUCCAAAAUUUAAUAACCCUUAGGGCACAAGAACUAAUUUCUAAAAUUAUUUUAAAGAACAUUAAUGAACUUAACGAUGAUAUCAAAUCCACCUUAAACAACUCGAAACUGUUAAGAAGUGAGUUGGAUUUAAGGUGGUAUUCUUGGAAGGAGAAUAAUGAAGAUGUUAGUAAAAUGGAGGAUAACCAUAUAGGCCUUUCCAUGAAAACCAAAGGCUACUCAAAACUGGUGGUGCAAUUGUGCGAAAAGUUGGACAAAAAGUACUUAGGACUAUUAGAGGAUGUUUCGCAGUAUUUAUAUGGAACUGAAUAUACUGGAAUACCCAGUUUUCCAUUUUUAAUAGGAGACUUUAAAUAUAAAAGAAAAUUUAUUGAUAAAGAACAGUUAGAAAAUCAUUUGAUGACUGAAAGUACAAAUUAUUCAUUGGGAAUUGCAACUUACAUCACCAACCUAGUUUCGCUAGACUCAGAUCCGGACUUGGUACAAAAGUCCUUAUUGUGCGCAAGAUUUCUCCAAGCGAGUUGCGCACUGUGCACACACUUUCGCACUUGUUGCGAGUUCGGAAAAGCCGGAUCUGAAUGGCAGAGGAUAUGUGAUACGUUCAAAAAGACUAGUCAAAAUCUGUGGUCUAACUGGGUGAAAAAAACCGUAGAAGAAACCGGGAUUUUAGUGAACAAAUUCGAUUGUACUGAGGCUGAUAUGUUAACGAAUUUAUCGAAGUGGGAUGAAAUUGAAAUCCAAGAACAAGCGGAAGAAAAAGUGUUUAAUUCGCAGAUAAAAGUACCUUUGAAACCCAGUAUACCGCUUACUAAAGUGCUGGUUAAACUUAACCAGGACCUGAGCCAAGUAUUGCCCUUUACCCUACCAAAGGCCAUUCAUGUAUUAUUUAUAGAAGCGAACGUUAAUAGAAUUUUAAAAAAAUACGAGGAAAUUUCUACUGCAAACCUAAAUCAAAUUCAAGCUUUACAGUAUUUAUUGGACGUAAGGUAUCUUACGACGCUUUGUAUACCCAGAGAGAACACUACCAUGGUGAACUAUGCACAAACUAUCUGUGAUAAACUCAGGGGCAAAAUCGACCCUUUUGACUUGGACGUGUUUUAUAGUUAUUUGCAGACGAAUGUUAAGAAAGCAGUAGGACAAUCACAAUUGUUAUUUGGAUGCCUGCUGCCCUCUUCUGCUCAGCUGGUGAACCUCGGUGCUUACGCUAAACCUAAGGAACAAGAGAAGAAUCCAUCGCUUAUGUCUUUAAGUACCCCAUCUACGAAUGCCUGGUUUCCUCUUUUACCUAUUACCGCUCCAUCUCAGAGAAUACCUGGGAGUGGACCUAGUAAACCUAAAUUCACGGUUUAAAUUAGAAUCUGGUCUUUACAAAGAGGAAAAUAAACAAAAACCCAGCAAACAAACACCUAAAAAAACCAGCCAAGAACCCGCAUCUGUUAUGCGGCAAAGCGCCGCCUCGUUGUUCGGAAACUUUUCCACGGACUGGUUUUCGUAACGCUUUAAUCCAGUCGCUAUAGUUUUUUUAUAUUAAUUAUAGUAAUUUACUAUAUUUUGUCGGUUAUAGGUUUCUAAUUUCCAAAUAUUUGCUUUAAACGUCAUAGAUAAAUAAUGUAAAUACACGUGUUUAUUAUUCACUUGUUUAUAAAUAUUAUUUGGGGAUAUUAGGUACACAGUUUUCCACUUGUACAUUUGUAAAUUAUGCUGUUUUAUUAAACAUAGGCCAGGCGCCAAAGUACACUUUGGUAUCGCUUCAUAUGUUAUAUUUUAAUAUUUAUAUUUGAUAUUGUAAAAAUAUUGGCAAGACUUGUUAAUAAAAAAAAGUGUUAUAAAA